UCUGUAUAAUUAUGCAUAAUCGGGGGAAGUCGCUCGUUAUUGGCAAUUUCCUGCGAAAAUCGACCUCAGCAGUCGGCAAACGUCAUAUCGUUAUUGCAGUAUAUACCGUACAUUUCCUUGAGAUUUUACAGUUCGAGCUAUGAGCUAUGUGCAAAAGACACCAGCUGUGUGUGUGCAAGAGAGAGAGAGAGAGAGAGAGAGAGAGAUCGCCACGUGACACAUCUCGCCUAUGUCCUUCUGAAAAGCCACUCAGCAUCAUGGCUGCGGAUGCUGCGGAUGCUCUCCUCCCGCUCUGCAUCCCGGCACCAUGGCAGCUGCCGGUGCUCCUUCUUCUCGUCUCGCAUCUACCCGGUCACGCCCUCGGCCUAUUAGGCUUCCGUCCAGAGGACACGAGUCCGGUGCUGUCUGUGCAGAACGGACUGCUGAGGGCGACCGAGGGAACGCGCUUCGUGUUGCGGGUGUACUACGCAGCGUCGCCGCAGAGGAUGAACCGAAACGCGAGCUCCAGAGCGGAUGCCACCACCGCGCCGUGGAUCGCCUUUGUAGAGGAGCCGCAGCCGGGCCGAGAGGGUCAAGCUCACCCGAAGCGGAACUUAUGUGUAGAAGAGAGCGCGCGAACUUCUGACAUAGAGCUGCUGGGUUCGUUCAAGUCGGCCUCCAGCCAGAACUCCAUCCUUGUAGAGCUGCUGGCCAAAGACCUGCGGCGCGGUGAGAAAGUCAAAUAUUAUUCCAUGUGCGCCUUUGAUGGGGCCAAGUGGGAGCACUUUAGGUCGAGGGACUUCUGGCUGGCGGUGGUCGAGCGGCCACCACACGCAGACGGAUGGCUUCAGGCGACUCUUUCUGUGCUCUUGUUGGCGCUAUCCGCUCUCUUCAGCGGACUCGUUAUAAGCAUGCUCGCCCUCGACCCUGUGGAGCUGAAAGUGCUCCAGAACAGUGGCACGGAGAAGGAGCAGAAGUACGCGGGCAAGAUCGAGUCCGUGCGCAAACACGGCAACUACGUGCUCUGCACUUUGGUGUUGUGCAAUGUGCUCACCAACACAUUUUUAGUUGUUUGGAUGUGCCAGAUUCUCGGAGUCACACCUCUGUCCACCGCUGCCUGCACGUUCUUGAUCUUUUUCGUUGGAGAGAUUCUGCCACAUUCAGUCGCAUCCAGACACGGGCUGGCCAUAGCCUCGAAAACCAUCUGGCUCACUCGGCUGCUCAUGCUGGCCACUUUCCCCAUCACAUACCCGAUUAGCAAACUCCUGGAUAACAUGUUGCAUCAAGAAAUAAGUAACUUUUACACUCGUGAAAAGUUACUGGCGAUGCUGCGCGUCACAGAUCCCUAUCAUGACCUGGUGAAAGAGGAGCUCAACAUCAUCCAGGGAGCCCUGGAGCUUAGGACCAAAACGGUCGAGGAUGUUUUGACCCCGCUCAAUGACUGCUUCAUGCUGGCUUCUGACGCCAUCCUGGAUUUCUACACCAUGUCUGACGUCAUGCAGAGCGGUUAUACUCGCAUCCCUGUUUUUGAGAACGAGCGGUCGAACAUUGUCGACAUUCUGUUUGUUAAAGAUCUGGCCUUCGUUGAUCCAGAUGACUGUACCCCACUUAAAACCAUCACACAGUUCUACAAACAUCCUUUGCACUGUGUAUUUAAUGAUACCAAACUUGAUGCAAUGCUCGAGCAGUUCAAGAAAGGGAAAAGCCAUUUGGCCAUAGUCCAGCGAGUCAACAAUGAAGGAGAAGGAGACCCUUUCUAUGAGGUUAUGGGAAUUGUCACACUGGAAGAUGUUAUUGAAGAGAUUAUCAAGUCAGAAAUUGUGGAUGAGACAGACUUGUACACUGAUAACCGCACUAAAAGGCGAGUGUCUCACCAUGAGAGGAAACAGCAAGAUUUCUCCAUUUUCAAACUUUCUGAGAGUGAGAUGAAGGUGAAAGUCUCCCCUCAGCUGCUGUUGGCUACACAUCGCUUCCUGGCUACAGAAGUGGAGCCUUUCAAGUCUACUUACAUAUCAGAGAAGAUCCUGCUGCGCCUCAUUAAGCAUCCAAGUGUUGUACAGGAGCUGAAGUUUGACGAGAAGAAAAAGAAAUCACCAAAGCACUACCUCUACCAGCGCAACAAACCUGUUGAUUACUUUGUGUUGAUUUUGCAGGGUCGAGUGGAGGUAGAAAUUGGAAAAGAAGCACUGAAGUUUGAAAAUGGUCCUUUCACUUACUAUGGCAUGCCUGCCAUCAUGGCUGUAUUACCUACAGUUCAUAGGUCACCAUCACGGAGCAGUGGACUAAAUCAUUCGGACACCACCAUCCAUGCAGGGAGUCUGAGCCAGCUAAGCAUAGGAGGGGGGGCUUACCUACCAGACUACUCUGUUCGCCAGCUCACCGACCUGCAGAUCAUCAAGGUAACACGUAACCACUACCAGAACGCUCUGACAGCCACACGGAUGGACAUCUCUCCUCAGACUCCUGAUGCAGACACCCAGGCUGGAGGAGAGAGGAACACAAUUCCAGAGACACGCUCCAACAGCAUUGCGCUGCCUCUUCCCCGCUCACACCACCACACACACCUCUUAAAACAACCCCACAGCACCUCCAUGCUCAAUCAGAAGAAUCGCAUUGUCCGGAGUAAAUCAGAUGGACAGAAAAGCCCCAGUGAUUCUGUGUUCUUGCGCAUGGAUGAGAUCCCUUACAGGCGGACCGAAUGUCUCAAGGCAAAAGGAGGAACUGAUACUGUAGCUGUACCAAAAGAAACAGGCCUGUGUUCAUCUCAGCUGAUCAGCUCUCACUCUCUGAAUGGAUCAGAUGAUAACCUGGGCAAGAAGCUGCUGCGCAAACUAAGUAACAAGAAACGGAAAAAGUCACGUGAUGGAGAGAAGCCAGUAGAGGAUAUUUGUGAACUGUCCCAGGUGAAAACCUAGCGCAUCAGUACUAGCAGUUCAGCCCUUGUCUCCCUCACAGUUCUACAUCUCCCACCAAUGUGAAGCGUCCUAGACCAAUCCUGAAAGAUUUCAAAACAGAAAAGGAGCUUGAUGUGGACAGAAGUGGCCACUAUAGAAGACAAAUGAUAAGACCUUGCUGUCAUUAUUUUUAUCUAGCCUUUUCAUGUUGAAAGCUCGAGUUGAAGGAAGGUCAUGAAAACAUCAGGACACGGUGUAUUUUCAGGCACCUGUGACAUUACCCAGCCUUUUCAGCCCAGGAUUGUGACGUGGAGUGGGAACAGCAAAUAUUCAAAACACAAACAUCUUGUGCUUACGAUUUUUAAGGUACUACUUUUCUCAGUACUGUGUACUAUUUGAAAGUUUUCGCUGAUUAUGUCAUCUACAGUCACGAUGUUGAUUUCACAUGCACCUCUAAUGCAGGUCAAGCUUCCAAGCACAGGCCUGCAGAGAUCGUUAUUCAUCUCACCUACAGCAAGGCAUAACCUUCUGACAGGGUUUAUAAAACAUGAUACUUCAUCAAUAUUGCUUUGAAAGAUUUAAUUAGUGUACGUUUCUUCGUUGAGAGGUAUUAGCAAGGCUGUGUCUGGAACUGUCAAAGAUAAUUUAGUAAUAAUGAAGCACUUUAAGUGAAAAUUGAUCCUUGUAUUCAGUUGAAUAGUUUAUUUAAGGUGUUGAUAUUGGGGAAGUGAAUGAAACAUGAGACUGCCUAUAUUAGGUAAGUGUUUUGGGGGUUUUUUCUUCCAAAACGCAGGCUCUUAGCCAAUUUAAUAGUGCUGUAAAAAUGCACUGUAUCUGGUGGGUUUUUUGUGUUUUUUUUGGUAAAUGAGAGUAUUUUUAAGAGCCAUGGAUGUUUGCCACAGGCACUAGUUGAUAACACAAGUGGUUGUUCUACAUUUCUGAAGAGGUUUAUUGAAUGAUAUCAGAUCUGCACAUUGUUCGUAUACAUGUUGGAUGCUUAAAAGUCUAAGCACAUCCAGUCAACAGGUUUUACACUAAAAGAGUAAUUAUAUAAUGGCAUGCUUUUCUUGAAUAUUUAACAGAAGCCUCCUAUGUUUACACAGUACCAGUCAGAAGUUUGUACACACCUACUCAUUCAUAGAAUUUCCAGAUUGUGACUAUUUUCUACAUUGUAGAAUACUGAAGACAUCAAAACUAUGAAAUAAUGUAUGGAACAUGUAUGGAAUUAUGUGGUAAACCAAAAAAAGUGUUAAAAAAAUAUAAUUUAAUUUAUUUAGCUUUUGCCACAGGAAGAUCUAUAUACGGUAUAUGUACAUACAUCAUGGCAUGGGAAACCACAACAGCUUGCGCCAAUUACAGUGGCCCCAUUGUACCAAAUCUGCAUGUCUUUACACUGUGGGGGAAACCGGAGCACCCGGAGGAAACCCACGCGGACACGGCGAGAACAUGCAAACUCCACACAGAAAGGCCCCUGGCGGCCGUGAGGUUCGAGCCCAGAACCUUCUUGCUGUGAGGCAACAGUGCUAACCACUACACCACCGUGCCACCCACGGUGUUUCAUAUUUUCAUAAUAAUAAUGUUUCAUAUUUUCAAUUCUUCAAAGUAGCUACCAUUUACCUUGAUGACGCUUUGCACACUAUUGGCAUUAUCAUAACCAGCUUCAUGAGGUAGUCACCUGGAACGCUUUUCAAUUAACAGGUGCCUCGUCAAAAGUUAAUUAUGGUAAUUUCUUGCCUUCAUUAUGUGUUUGAGAUCAAACAGUAAAUAAUAAAAAUACAGUAAAUAGUCCUAUUCCACAACUGUAGUAAUCCAUAUUAUGUCAAGAACCGCUCAACUAAGUAAAGAGAAAUGACAUCCAUCAUUACUUUAAGACACAAAGUGUCUUCAUUAAUAAAAAUAAACAUUGAAUUAGGAGUGUCCGAACUGUUGACUGGUACUUUUUACCCCCCCAGGCAGUUUAGAAAAAAAAGAAGCCAUAUCUUGAAUAAACUUGAAUGCAUCAGAACUAAGAACUAAUCACCUCAGUCUAUAUAUAUACACUGAAUAUUAAGUAUGCCAAUUUCAUAAUGUAUGAGGUUCUGGCAUUUUUGAAGCUGGCAUUGAAAUAACAGCUGACAUUAGUGAAUAGUUUACUCCUGUCUACUUUUAGCUUAUAACACUAGGAAUGCUGUCGAUGCUGCUGCUCAGUUGCAUUUGUGUCUCUAAAAAAAGAAAAACAAAUCCAGUAAAACUAACAUCAAAAGGUGCCAUUCCUGUAUCACUGCCAUCCAUCCACCAGCAUGUUGUACUCAUGCUAUGCUAUAUCAGUUACAGCUCAUCCCUGCCAACAUUACUAACUGAUAUACUGAAGGGAUGAGAAGCAUGGCACUUGUAAAUAAGGAGUGAAAAAUGAGAUUUUUUUUUUGCAUGUAAAGCACUGCUGUGGUGUUUUAUUGUUAUUUUUGUUACCCUUUACCAACCACACCUCUCCUGUCCUGCAUGCACGGAGCAGGCAUCAGUACCCUACGCUGUAGCUAAUGAGAACUGAGAGGCCUGUCUGCAUGAGGCGCACACACCCAGGAGAUCUGCAGUGCCUCUGAGCUGCUAGGAAUCGAUGAUGGCGUUCGAUCCGAUUCCAUCAGUUUACAGCACAGAGAAACAAUGACUCAGGCUGGCAACAACACAUCCUUGCAAUCCCUUGAAUAGCUAUUUAUUGUAAUGAUAAGCAAUAACAAAAUUGUAUGAUGAAUAACUCCCUUUUUCUACUGACUUAUUGGAACCCUUUUUUUUGAAAAGGCGCGGUGCUGCUGCUCUCAGGUCAUGUGGACUGAUGUUCUGUUGUGCAAAAUACAGUAAGCUGACUCUGCUUUACUGAGAGCGCAUGACGCAGGAGAGUUGGAGAAAGUGCUCUUGGAACCAUUGCUGCAUUGCAGGCAUAGGAACAUGUGACACCAACUGACGUCUGGGCCCAACCCCCCCACAUGUACACGCCCACUCUCUCUCUCUCUCUCUCUCUCUCACACACCAGGGAAUCGCAGUAGCACUGACUGACUAAUCUAGCAUCAGCUAGUGGAGCACAAGAUACACUGCACCCCUCCCUCAGGCUCUCACUCAAAUUCUGAUGAUGCAUACAGUAAAGCCUUACAGCCCGUCAGUACUGCUAAAGGCAAUGGGAAAAACAUAGCCGUCUCUCCCAUGCACUCUCAGUAAAGAUUGUAAGCAAUGGCUGAAGAAUAUAUAAAGAAUAUAGUGUUUAUAAAGAAAGGUUCAGUGUAUAAGAAAUAGUGAUUUACGAAUAUAGUAUAUGAGAGAACUAUAUGAGAUAUUAUGAAAUGUAUUAUA